CGGUAUCUCUCGGGAAGACUGACGGGGUCAGGUGCCAUGAUGGCUGCGGAAGAGGCAGAUGUGGAUAUCGAAGGGGAUGUGGUGGCUGCGGCGGCGGCGGCACCGCCAGGAAAUGAUGAAAAUAAAGCAUCACUUUUACAAGAUCACUAUCUGGACUCAUCAUGGAGAAAUGAGAAUGGCCUUAUUCCUUGGACUCUUGAUAGCACCAUCAGUGAAGAGAACAGAGCUGUCAUUGAGAAAAUGUUGUUGGAAGAAGAGUAUUAUUUAUCUAAAAAAUCACUUCCAGGAAAAUUCUGGCUUGAUAAAAAGGAAGAUAAUAAAAAACAAAUCAACAGUCUGCAGAAAACAGCAAAAAUCAUGGUACACUCUCCUACCAAACCAGCCAGUUACUCAGUAAAGUGGACGAUAGAAGAAAAAGAGCUGUUUGAACAAGGGCUGGCUAAAUUUGGUCGAAGGUGGACCAAAAUUGCAAAGCUGAUUGGAAGUCGCAGUGUUUUACAAGUAAAGAGUUAUGCCAGACAAUACUUUAAAAAUAAGGUAAAAUGGAGUCCAGAGAAAGAAACACCAAAUCAGAAGAGCAGCAGUGAUCAUCAGGUUAAAAAUGAAGAUAAAGGGACAAAGGCAUGGACACCAUCAUGUUUAAGGGGACGUGCUGAUCCCAACCUGAAUGCUGUAAAAAUUGAAAAGUUGUCUGAUGAUGAAGAAGUAGACAUCACAGAUGAGGUGGAUGAGUGGGCUUCUCAGACAUCACAUAAGAAUUGUAGCAGUGGUCUCUUGUUAGACAUUCCUAAUAGUAAAACACAUGAAUCCAGACAAGAAAUCAGAAGCCAGGAAAUUCUCUUUUGCAGAUCUUCCAGGGAAUAUCUUCAGAACAUAAAACAAGAUGAGAUGAAAACACUUUCAAGCUCAGAAAUUACAUCAUGGACCAAAAAACAGAGCAACAAUGAAAAUGACUCAGCUGAAGUAAAUGAUCAGAAAUGCAAUAAACUGAUUAAAAAUGGUGACAAGCAAGGUGGAAAUGGAAUAGAUGACUCCAGGCAGUGUCCUUCUCCAGAGCCUUGUGAAAUUCAGAAAGAUUUUAGUGAUAAUGAAAUGCUUUUUCAUUCUUCCUGCCAAAUGGUGGAGGAAAGCCAUGAGGAAGAAGAGCUUAAGCCACCAGAACAAGAAGUAGAAAUAGAUAGAAAUAUUAUUCAGGAAGAAGAAAAACAAGCAAUUCCUGAGUUUUUUGAGGGACGCCAAGCUAAAACACCAGAACGCUAUUUGAAAAUUAGAAAUUACAUUUUGGAUCAGUGGGAGAUAUGCAAACCGAAAUACCUAAAUAAGACCUCAGUACGUCCUGGCCUGAAGAACUGUGGGGAUGUUAAUUGUAUUGGACGGAUUCAUACAUACCUCGAGUUGAUAGGAGCAAUCAAUUUUGGAUGUGAACAGGCUGUAUAUAAUAGACCACAACCAGUUGAUAAAGUUCGAAUCAGAGACAGAAAAGAUGCAGUAGAAGCAUACCAGCUUGCCCAGCGUCUGCAGUCUAUGCGAACAAGGAGACGAAGGGUUCGAGAUCCAUGGGGAAACUGGUGUGAUGCAAAGGACUUAGAAGGACAAACAUUUGAGCAUCUGUCUGCUGAGGAGUUGGCAAAAAGAAGAGAAGAGGAAAGGGGCAAACCUGUUAAACCUUCAAAAGUGUCAAGACCAACAAAAAGCUCAUUUGAUCCCUUCCAACUGAUACCUUGUAAUUUUUUCAGUGAAGAAAAGCAGGAGCCAUUUCAGGUGAAAGUAGCUUCAGAAGCACUUUUAAUAAUGGAUUUGCAUGCUCACGUCUCUAUGGCAGAAGUAAUUGGUCUGUUAGGAGGAAGAUACUCAGAAGUUAAUAAGAUAGUUGAAGUCUGUGCAGCAGAACCAUGUAACAGUCUGAGUACAGGACUACAGUGUGAGAUGGAUCCUGUAUCACAAACACAGGCCUCAGAAACCUUGGCUGUUAGAGGUUACAGUGUUAUUGGAUGGUAUCAUUCUCAUCCUGCAUUUGAUCCUAAUCCUUCUUUAAGAGAUAUUGACACACAAGCCAAAUACCAGAGUUACUUCUCCAGAGGAGGUGCAAAGUUCAUUGGGAUGAUUGUUAGUCCCUAUAAUCGAAACAAUCCUUUACCAUAUUCCCAGAUUACCUGCCUGGUUAUAAGUGAGGAAAUUAGCCCAGAUGGCUCCUAUCGUUUACCUUACAAAUUUGAAGUACAACAGAUGUUAGAAGAACCUCGGUGGGGAUUAGUAUUUGAAAAGACAAGAUGGAUAAUAGAAAAAUACAGGCUCUCCCCUAGCAGUGUCCCCAUGGAUAAAAUCUUUCGCCGGGAUUCUGACCUGACUUGUUUGCAGAAACUUUUGGAGUGUCUGAGAAAAACUCUGAGCAAAGUAACUAAUUGCUUCAUUGCUGAGGAAUUCUUGACGCAAAUAGAAAAUUUGUUCCUUUCCAAUUACAAAAGCAAGCAAGAAAAUGAAGUGGCUGAAGAUACUGCAAAGCAAUUAUUAAUGUAAUUAUUAAAGUAAGACAUUUUAAUCUAUAGAAUAGAUCCCACUUUUAAAGUUAUUACCUUGAAAUGAUUGUAAUUUAACUGUGGCAUGACUUUGCGAAUAAUUUUUCUCUAGUGAACAAAAAUCUACACUUUUCCACAUAAAUUUAUGGAAAGGAGGAGAUAUGGACUUGUUUUCAUAUAGUGGUUAUCAGAAUGUUGUGUAAACCAGGGCCCAUCACACUGUUCCUGUCCUUUAUCACGCAGUGCAGUAGACUAUGAAAACUUAUGCAGGUGGUCUGCUUUACUGUUACUUUCAGAUUGAUAAGUGGAUUAUCCUUAAUUUUUGCUUUUUCCCUGAACUAGUCACUAUUUUUCAUUUUGGCAUCUCACGUCUCAUUAGAAGCACUUCCGUUAUUUGCAUAUGUUCUGGUGAGAUUUGUGUAUUUGUUAUUCAGGAUUGCAAAUGAGAUAUGGAUGGGUGGUCACUGAGAUAAUUAACAUAGUGGAGAACUACUAAUUAAUAAAUAACAACAUGCUGUAGGGGGCCAUGAGAGGCAUGAGGAGAAUAUUUUAAAAACCAACAGAAGAAACCAGAGGAAGAGAAUUAAAUUACCAGGGUUUGGUUUUGGUGAGUUUUUUUUUUGUUCCCCCUUCCUUUGGUGCUAGGGAUCAAAGCCAGGGCUUCAUAUGUUAGGCCAUUGCCCUGCCACUGUGGCGUAUACUCAGUCCUGAAUUGCCCAUUUGCUUCCAUUAUGUUUUUAAAAAGCCAACAAUACUUUUCAAUAUGUUGUUUUCUCAGCUGUCUGAAAUGUUUAUGAAUUUCACAUGCAUAAAUAAUUAGCUCCAAUUAUAUGUUCACUUUCCAUUAGUCUGAUAAAACAUCAUUUAACUGGAUCUGGUAAUUGUAACCCUCAAACAAGAUUUUUUUUUUUUCUUCCACUAGAGGUUUAAUUUUUAGAAGCAGAACAAGCAAAAAAGCCUUCAUGUAUUUUUACAUAUUCAAUCCCAGUUUCAUGUACUUUCUGAAUAGAGGCCAGCAAACUUUUCUCUUUUUUAUGAGUAUAUAAGCAAAGCUUUAAUUGGGAAAAGAGGGAGAAGGUCUUUACCUCAAGGUGAAAGGGAUAGCCCUGACUCAGAGAACUGUCAAAAUCCAGCAAAGUUUUAUAAUGUAAGGGUCCAGUUACUAUAUAGUUUCAGCUUUUUGGCCAUGUGUGGUCUCUGUCAGAAAUUCUUCAAUUUUUUAAAUAACAUUUUAAAAAUGAAAAAAUCAUUCUUAGGUCAUUGCUUUCACAAAAUAUAGACUGCUGAUCUAAAGAACUGCAGUCUAAUUUGGUAUUAGAUUCCUGAGUCUAAAACACCAUCUCAUAAUAAAAACAACAAAACUCAGAAUUUUGAUCCACACUUAAGUACAUUAUCAAAUGAAAACAUGCAUUAUGCUGCCUCAUUCAUGAAAAUUUAACAAAAUUAAUUUGUUAAUUUCUAUUAAGCAGAGAAUUGAUUUAUACCUAUUCUCCAGGUAUAGUAAUAACAAUUAUUAUAUCUAGACUGGAUGUGAUUCCAUGUUUUUGCUUUAUUUGGUUAUAAUCAGUAGCCAAGGAAGAAUAAGGCAGUAUUGAAAGAAGCAGCUUUCCAGUUUUAGGUUAUCUUGAGUCUCAACCUUGUGAUUUGGGGGAAGUGUAGUUUAUCUUCCCUGAUCUAACUUAUUUUCUGUAGCCAGGGUCCAAUUUAACUUCCUAGUAUCUUUCUGGGUCUAAAAUUUUAUGAUUUAUUUGUUGGUCUACUUCUUUGAAAUUUCAUAUUUUGAAAUUCUGCAGUUUUCAGAUUAACAUUUUGAAAAGAAAACUGGUAGUUUUUCCAUACUCUGUGUGAAUUUAAAAAAAAAACAAAAACCUUGAGGGUUACAAAUAUAAGAGUCCUAGACUAAAAAAUCAAGAAAUCUGAUUCUGGUAAAAGCUUUUCUGUGUGACUUAAAUCAUAUUAUCUUUCUGAACCCUAGGCUCCUCGGUUGUAAAUUAAGUGUAUGAAUUUUAAAUGACUUUGGUGUUCCCUUCAAGCACAAGAAGUAUAUGAUUCUAUGAAAGGCAAUAAUUUAUUCGUUUGUGCUUGUCUUUUGAUCUGUUUCCUCGUUGCACAUGGAGGAACGGACACUAGGAAGUGAUAAUUUUUAGCUCUCCGGAUUGAUAUAUAUCCCUAUAAUCCUGAUGAAUUUGGAUGAUAGAAAAUGUUAAAAGUACUGUUCUCAACUCUGGGCUUCUAAAUGUCAAUGGUUAACCAUAUUUACUAACCAGUCCAGUACUAUAAGGAACUCAAGGAUGGUAAUUGUCAUAGUGUAGGGCCUUGAGAGAACAAUUUAAAAAAUAACUUUAAAACAAUAUUUAUAGUAUUAAUAUUUACAUUAAGUAUUUUUAUCUUAUAAAAUAUUUUUUAAAUACAGAAAAUUUACUAUUUUUCUCUUUUCUUUUCCUAGUCAUUCUGCUUGCUUCCUUUAUUCUCUUUUCAUAUUCUAAACAUACACCAACCUUAGGCAGUUGCAGCCAGGGCUUUGGAGAAGCAAAGAGGAAGUCUAAAAUUGAGAGAGCUUGUAAUAUAGGAAAUUCAGGAGGCAGACUCCAAAAGAAAAACCCACCUCUAAUAAUGUUUCCAGAAGCAGAAAAAGAACUCAAAAAUAUCCAGGUCUCUUCAUUCUGAGUCUGUUAUUUAAUUAUAUUGCACAUGAUUAUAAGAUAAUGAGCUUAACUUUGUUUCUUGUUCUGGCUUGGCUAAUGAAGAUUGAUAUAAGUACUUCUUCAAUAUUAAACAGUUUUCUCUAAAAAUCUAAUUCCCAAGAAAUAUUCAAAAGAAGAAAAAUCAGUGAAACAAGACCAGUAAUAUCAGACUCUCUUUUCUUCCUCCAUUAUUUUAACCUUGAACCAUUGUUCUUUGAGAGAACAGUCUUUUUAAUUAUAGAUUGUAAUCCUUUUAAAUGAUCUUGGUUUCUUUCUACUGUUGGUUAGAGGUAUCUGAUGAAUUUUCUCUGCCCCAGGUACUUUGCCUUUGGGGCGGGGACAGGGUGUACUAGAGAUUGAACUCAGGGGCACUCAACCACUGAGCCACAUGCCCAGCCCAAUUUUAUAUUUUAUUUAGAUACAGGGUCUCACUGAGUUGCUUAGUGCCUCAGUCUCCCCAGUACUUUGCUUUCUUGCACCCCUUCUUCCCUACAAAUUUUAAAACUGUAUUUUAAAAUUAUGUUUCUAUAAAAUGAAUUUGUUUAAAUUUAGGUUUAAAAUGUUUUUUUUGGGUUUUUUUUUUUGUUGUUGUUGUUGUUUUAAUCAUAAAUUUCUUUUUUUUUUUUUCGUUAAGUUAAAAAAACGUGAAAACAUUUUUGUGGGCCUUUCAGAAUAUUGUGAACCUGAGGCAUUGCUAAUUGGAUAGGUUGGCCCUGUCUGUGUUCUGAAGGGUAUCAUUGGGCUAGAGUAGUCAUUGCCACCCCACUCGAGCACUGCAGUUUCCACUUUUAUAGAUUAUUAGACUUGAACUUCAUAGGAAUGAAGUUGGGUUAGGAAGAAUCCCAGCCUAACCAAAACUCAGCAGUACUGCUUAGGAACACUCACCUUCAAAAAAGAAGGCAAAUAGUUAAUUUUAGUCAUUAGAUAGGUGGUUUUAAUUUGGUCGUUAAUCUAGUUUUAAACCUGUGCCACACCUCAUAGGAGAACAGCCUAAUGCCUUUCUUUUUUCCCUACUUCCCUUAUGUCCUUUAUCCUUGCUUCUUUUACUAAUUAGCUCUUUUACAUACAAGAUCUUUUAUCAUUUAUUGAAAUCUGUGCCUAUAGAAUAAAGAUAAAUAGACCUAUUCAUAUUUCCCUGAAACUGUUUAGUGUGCUGCCUCAGCCUACUCUCCAGAAUGUUCUUCCUUCCCCAACCACAGAAGUGGUCUGUGUAAUAUGCACUCCAAGCACCAUCAGAAUCCCUGCUGCUCUUUGGGCAGCAGUGGAGAUUAUGGCCUCACCAUACCAAUCUGAGUCAGCCUCCUGCUCUUUACUUUAACUUCUUCCCAUUGACUUUGCUGGGUCCUAACAAGGGCGCUGGAGGAUAAGCUGCUACAGUCAUAAGACCUAGAAUUGGUGCUCUGUCCCAUGGCCAAAGAAGAGCCAUGUUCGUCUGGCCUCUUGAUUUGUAUCUACCUAUCUACAAAUAAGUCACCAACAGGUACCCAGCUGAUGGAUUUCUCAGUGGGAAUUGAGUCAGUGUACCCUCAUUUUGUUUUUCACCAGCAUUGUCCUCUACCAUGUGACUAAAUCUAGUGUCACAUGAAAAACUUCUUUUAGUGAAGCACAAAAACAGAACACAAUAUUUUGAUAAUCAUGUGCUCCAUCAAUAUUAACAAAAUUGAACAAAGAAAUUUGAUCCACAUCUCCAGUUCACCAGUAAUUUGUUUUCUCAAAAAUUUUUCAGAAAGUCACUGUAAGAAAAUAAUGUAACACAAUUUUUGGUUAUUAUUUCCUGACCUUUUCUUAAAUAUUUUUAUGAGUGCUAAUCCCCAAACUCUGUUUUCUUUUUGUUUAUCCUAUUAUUGUACUUUUUGGUAUUUCUGAAUCUGUCUUCUACCUUAAAUCCUUCCGGAACAGGGGAGGUAAUAAAUAUAUUCCCACAAAAUCAGGAGAAAAGGAAAAUUCCUAGAGAAGCUGUGGUUAUGAUUAGGGUUCUAUAUGGAACUAAAUUUGAAUAGGUAAAAUUGGUUCAUAAAACCUGAGUUGUUUCUAUUUUCCUCUGUUAAUGUUUAUGAAUAUACUCCUAAGAACUUUGAACUUCAGGAGAAAAUGCCUGAUUUGCUGUCAUUGAGAUUUCCUAGGAUAGUCUCUUAGGAAUUUUGAAGUCUAUUCAAAUACUUUCAGUUUGUAUACCUAUUUUAUAGGUUACCACAAAGCACUUGUUUCAGUCUAUGAGUUAUACAGUUGUAUUUGGAUUCUAGCAUGUUUUAAGUCAAUCAUAUGCCUUUAAAUUUAUGGACUUGACAUGUGUCAUUGCGUGUAAGUUUACUAGACGUAUUGCAUGACUUUUGACAAAUCUCUUGCUAUUUUUUUUCCCAAAUGUUACCAGCAUUAUUGGAUUCUUUUUAUUAGUUUGAAUUUUGGAAUGUUCUAUAACAAAAUUAGUGAUUUAAACUAUUUCAUAAAUUUAAAUAUGAUGCCAUAUUGUACAUAUCUAUAUUAAAGAUUAUUGUUAAGUAUUAGUGUUUGUAGAAUUACAAAAGGCUUUCCUCAAAAAUGAUUAAACUGUUCCUUCCAUACUCAUUUGUGACAUACUAUAAAAUGUCUGAUUUUAAGUUUUGGAAUUUUAUCUUCUGAUAAAAUUAUUAAAAGAAAAUACUGAGUAUUCAGUGUAAAUAAAAUUUUGAAAACAAGUA